AUGAAAUUAUACGACGAUAUGAAGCGUGAUGGAACACUGGAUACUGUUACAAAGCCAUUAUUGGAUAAAAUACCAAACGCAAUUGCUACAAGUAAUGGCCGUUAUUUAGCUGCACAUCUCAAUAAAGAAGCUCAGAGAUUUAUUCCAGAAGUAAACAAACCAGGAUGGGCUGAUUUAGACUUAUGGAUUGAGGAACCGGCAACGUGGUCAUCCAGUAAUUAUUCUCUCAAAUUAAGUAAAAAAGAGCGAAAGAAACAAGAUAUUAUUCAUGAGUUAUAUUUGACUGAGAAACAUCACUGUCAAGUGUUGGUAAUCCUUCAGCAAGUAUAUCAAGAGGGACUUCGAAUAAGGGGUAUUUUGGAUGAGGCAAAGCAGAGCGAACUGAUUCCACCCGUAUUGGAUGCGCUACUUGAUUUUCAUCUCAAUUUUCUGCGACAGUUGAGUCAGAAAAGAAUGGAAACAGAAGUUGUCAACUCGGUAGCAAAAAUUAUUUACUCAGAGUUUGAAAAGGGAGAACGAAAUCAAGCUGCAAUAUAUGCUUACACUGAAUUUUGUUCGAAAUACGAUCAGUGUGGUCGUUUGUACGAUGAGUGGAUGAUAAAAAAUGCUGAACUUAAGAAAUUUUUCGAUCAAUACGAACAAGAUUCCACUUAUAAAGGCCGAACGUUCAAAAUGUGCUUGCUGUUGAUUGCUCAGAGACUGACCAAAUAUCCUGUGCUAGUGGAAAAAAUUGCCGAAAUGGAAAGUGGUGCUGCAAAAGAAGAAAGCAUACGGGCUCAUCAGGCGGUAAAGAAAUUUGCAAUGCAUGUUAAUAAUGAAAUUGCUAAAUUAGAAGUAAGUAGGCGUUGGGAUCGAGUACGUUCACAAAUGGAUCGUUCAUCGAAAGGCCGCUUUGGUCCGAAUGAUUUUUUUACAUAUGAUGAUCUCAUACUAAAUGGCAGUGAUGAGGAACGACAUGUAAUUUGUAUAGGUGGUGCAGUUUGUCAGAAUUCGCAGAAAAAACAAUCUGAAGGGACAGAAGUAGUAAUAGUAUUGUUCGAUGAUAUUCUGAUCAUGUUGGCAAAUUCGAGUAGCAACAAAUAUGUAUUUCUUGAUCGUGGAUCCGGAAGUACAGUGAUUGCGCUGAACAAAUUACUGGUUCGUGAAGUGCCUCGUAGUACGAAGUUAUUUUUCCUACUUUCCGAUGAUCCUUUUCCUGAUUUGUUUGUUGUGAGUUUUGCUUCCAAGGCUGAUGUUGACCAAUGGAAGAAAGCGAUUGAAGUAUCAAAAAGUAUAGCACCGACACAUGUGAAACGUGCCACAGUUGCAAGUGAUAUAAAUUUACCAGAUGAUGAUCCGGAGGAAAGGAGACUUAAUCAAGAAAUUGCAAAAUGGGAGGAGAAAUUGCGUGAACUUUUUGAUAAGCGCGUAAAAGAUGAAAAAGAACUGUCAAAUUAUAUUGAGAAACGACUGGCAUGGUUUGAACAACUUCGUUCGCAUAUCGCAAAGGUUCCAUUAAUGGAUCGAACGGAUAUGGCUCGGAAUGCUGUACGAGAAAAGAUGAAAGGUUUGGUCAAACAAAAAUUUGUUGAAUUACGUGCAGCAAGGCGAGGCUCGUUAAACAAAGUGGUGCAACGUACCGAACGGAUGUAUGAGGAUGAUUUUGUAUCAUUCAUUGAUGAUAUAUAUUAUGCUGGUGUUGGAACAUCAGAUUCUAAUCAUUCCACUGAUCAAAGUGAAAGUGAUGAAGGUCGUCAGAAGCUGCCGCGCCGAAAUCGAACCUUCAGUGGUAUCGGUGAACGAAGGAAAGGAGGUUCUGUCCGACGACAUACAACCGAGCCUCAGAUAGCUGAUGCACGAAUUUAUGACGAGGAACAUGAUUCUGCUGCAGAGGAGGAAGAAAGGAGAAGGCUACCGUUACUUUUGGGUCCGAUGGCACGUCAUGCAGCUAUAAGUAUUAUUCGAGAAAAUGCUCAACUUAGGGUUGAAAAUAACCAGUUAAAAAGUGAAAUUGCUUUUCGUGAGCUACGUAUUGCAUCACUAAAGAGUCGGCGUUUGGCGGCCGUUCCAGCUAGUGCAUUGGAAGCAUUACGCAACAAACAGAAUGAAUUACAAAAUGAUAAACGUGAAUUCAAGAUAUUUUGUGAACUUCAUGUAGAUGAAAUAAAUCGACGGACUACGGAAUUGUUAGAGAAAGAGGCUGAAUUGAAAACUCGUGAAGAGCAGCUACAAGAGCAGUGGAUUAAAUUCUAUGAAAUGAACAAUUCAAAUUCACCGACUCAUCUGUCACAUGAUAUGACAAGACCGGCUAAUUUACCAUCUUCACUUGACCGAUCAAUAUCGAUGCGUAGCGUAGCAUCAUCACUCAGUAAAUCACCUAGUGGUUCAUCGAUACCAUUACAUUUAGCUGAAAAAACUGCCAAAAUAUCACGCUCAAAGAAAUGAACGAGGAAAGAGAUCGCUCAUACUUAAUAUCUUUUCCAUAUAUGAUAACGAUUCAUUCAUUUUUAUUGCUAGCUGUAUAUAUCACUUCCUC